AGUGGUAAAAUUGGAAAUGAUUAAUUAAUACUCAUUAAUCAACUUUUCAAAAGCUGCAAAUAAUAAUCAACUUUUAAUCUUAGGUUUUAAAAACACAGGACAAUCAAGAGAAAAGCAUAGAACCAGAACAUAAUCAUCCUUUUUAAAAUAUGCGACGCCAUGGAAAAGUAUAGAAGCUUCCAUGAGCUCCAUUGGUCUUAGAUUUGAGAGCAGGCUUGAAAUCACUAACCAGCUUGAAACUAGCACAACAACUAUUGAGCCUCCAUUUGAGACGACUCAAGAAUCUUGGUAUGCUGAUGAACUGAUUCUUGGGCAUCCGUGGACGACAGGAUUGUUCGAUUAUCGCAAGAAUAAAAGAAACGCCAUUCUUACAGCAUUUCUUCCUUGUAUGACUUUUGGACAAAUAGCAGAAGUGUUGGACGAAGGGAAGUCUACUUGUGGACGAAGGGGUUCCUGUUACUUGUUGUUGAUGCUUACUUCCUAUGCUCAAUGGGUUUGGAGCACUGAGUAUAGAACCAAGCUAAGAAGGAAGUUUAAUCUAGAAGAAGGUCCUUAUACAGAUGUGGCAACUCAUAUUUUUUGUCCUUGCUGUUCUCUUUGCCAAGAGUUUAGAGAGCUUCAAAAUAGAGGACUUGACCCUGCUUUAGGUUGGAAGGGAAUCCUUGCUCAACAACAGGGAAGACAGUCUGAUGAUGAAGAAUUAAAUGUUCCUCCAUCAAACCAAGUCAUGUCCAAGUAAAUUUAUUAGUUUUAUUUGACAAUAAAAGGAAAAAGGAAAGAGAUUAUUCACCUGAAUUUUGUUCUUGCUUUGAAUAUUAUGUUUCAAAGCUUGUAUAGCAGAAAAAAGAAACCUGUGAAAUUCUCAGAAUUGUGUUAUUUUCCAAGCUAACUGAAUAAGCCAAUAAGUGGUUAUGAAAUCCCUUCAAGUUUAAUUUGAUUUUGAAA